CCGGGGACAGCUGGCWGCCCGCGCAGGACCAGACACAAAGCGGAUCAAUCCCGGCGGCGCGGGGGUGGGGGAACGACCCGCCAAGGCUUUCCCUUCCGCGGCUAGAUUACUGCUGCCCCACCACCACCACCACUAGGACCCGGCGGACACCUUGUGUCGCUUCCACGCCCCCAGCCCACUCCCCUCCUUAAAAAAAAGAACAGCCCGGAGCCCCCAUCCCAGGACUGGACGAUUGAAGACCGGCCUCUUGGCAGCCUGCGGAGAAGGCGCCCGGGGAAGAGAAACUGGCAUCCCUUCAGGACCCGCCCCUCCCCUCCGCUUCCUCGGCUGCGCGACUCUCUCCUCCUCGGCAGCCCCAGAAGUUCGGGGCCCCCGCCCGCCGCCCGCGCUCCUGCCGCUGGGACCCUGGACCUCCGCGCCCAGCAGCUAGCUCCGGCCCCGGGAAGAUGGCGAGGGGGAGCAGCCACCGCCUCCUCCUGCUGUUGCUGCGCUACCUGGUGGUCGCCCUGGGCUAUCAUAAGGCCUAUGGAUUAUCUGCCCCCAAAGACCAUCAAGUUGUCACAGCUAUAGAGUACCAAGAGGUUAUUUUAGCCUGCAAAACCCCAAAGAAGACCAUUUCUUCCAGAUUAGAGUGGAAGAAACUGGGGCGGAGUGUCUCCUUUGUCUACUAUCAACAGGCUCUCCAAGGUGAUUUUAAAGAUCGAGCUGAGAUGAUAGAUUUCAGUAUACGAAUCAAAAAUGUGACAAGAAGUGAUGCUGGGAAAUAUCGUUGUGAAGUUAGUGCCCCAUCAGAGCAAGGCCAAAACCUGGAAGAGGAUACAGUCACUCUGGAAGUACUAGUGGCUCCAGCAGUACCAUCCUGUGAAGUACCCUCUUCUGCUCUGAGUGGAACUGUGGUAGAGCUACRAUGUCAAGAUAAGGAAGGGAUUCCAGCUCCUGAAUAUACAUGGUUUAAGGAUGGUAACCGUUUACUAGGAAAUCCAAAACUUGGCUCCCAAAGCAGCAACAGCUCAUAUACAAUGAAUACAAAAUCUGGAACUCUGCAAUUUAACACWGUUUCCAAGCUCGACAGUGGAGAAUACUUCUGUGAAGCUCGAAAUUCUGUUGGAUAUAGCAGGUGUCCUGGGAAACGAAUGCAAGUAGAUGAUCUCAACGUAAGUGGCAUCAUAGCAGCUGUAGUAGUUGUGGCCUUAGUGAUUUCUGUGUGUGGCCUUGGUGUGUGCUAUGCUCAGAGAAAAGGCUACUUUUCAAAAGAAACUUCCUUCCAGAAGGGUAGUUCUUCAUCUAAAGCCCCUACAAUGAGUGAAAAUGAUUUCAAGCACACAAAAUCCUUCAUAAUUUAAAAGAAUUCUACUUUUAAGAUACACCAAAACCACAGUUGUUACAGAUAUUAAAGUAUUAUAAAACUCUGCUUUGUCUUAAUUUGCAAAGAGGUACAUAACAAAAUGAAAUUGAUAUUUCAUUAUGGUUUUUUAUGACUUGAUUUACCUAAAAUUGUUAUUUUUAAGCAAAUAGUUCUGUCAUUAUCCAAAAUAUGAUCUGGCUUCUUUUGUCUGGACUAAAGAACAGGAAUCAAAUUACUUUAAAAUAUUUUGAUAUUUGUGAAAUGUUAACUAAUGUUCUAACUUUUAGAGAAAGUUAUUACAUCAUACUGAUUGUGAAGUUAAUCCACAAAUCAAGCAAAUACAACCUGCAGACACCCUGUGUGCAAGAGUGUUAUCUAGGAGGUUAAGAAAAUACUGAUAGAUGCAAAAGGAUUCUCUGGUCUCAUUUCUACCAAAAUCCUCUUUAUAAUAUAAUCCUUAUUCCAUUGCUCAUGUAUCACUAAUGUACCCACAAAAGGGAGGCAGUGAGGUUGGGUCUUAUACCCAAGGGUUUGCACUUUGUAUUUACUUUCAUCUCUGAGAACCAAAAGUGACAUGAAGAGAAGUAGCUAAUGACCAGGGCUCACAGGUGUGCAUAGGACUCACCUGGUGUGUGUUAUUUAUAAAUUUUGAGAAGUAAAUACAAACCCAAAUGGGCUUAUUUUAUCCUCAAUGAUGCUUGCUGCUAUUUCCUUUCCCUAAGACUCCUUUGAAGAGGCUCCAUGAUCUUGACAUCAWGGCUCAACAAUGGAGCCCACAUAACUUUUCAGGUAUCUUUUGCUGCAUGAGUGGUGGCUUCAAAUCCCUGUCUCUAAAAAUCGUUCAUUGAAAUUCUGGGCUGGAUCAAGUCCUUCACUGUUAAAGCCAAGGGGUUGCCAAUCCUUUUUAUGGCAAGUCAGGGAUUAGGAAAUAAGUGAUUGUCUGGUAAAUAAAAUAUAAGUAAAUGAACUCACUGCCACUCCCUGCCUCUGGCACCUGCUUGAGUCAUAAAAGGCACUUGAGGAAUGAUGGUUAAAAUAAAAAAUGGGUCUAACCAUCUGUUUUCUGAACUGAUUAACCACAAAAAUCUCCAACUAGUGUUAGAAUAUGAAAAUUCCAACAGGUCACUUAAUAGUAAGAGCAAUUAAUCUGUGUAAAAAAAAAGGCAGUAUCUUUUAGAACUGCUUUUGAUUAUUUAAUCCAUAUUAAAAACAAAAUAUGGCUACAGCAUAUCCUGUUAUUCCAGGAAAAUCUAGAUGAAAAGUUGAUUCAUGACCUUUGACAACUUUGGCCACCAUUAAGUCAUUUUCAGAGGAAUCUGCUCUUUUCACCCAGUAGCAAAGCAGAGCCCCAGCUUUCACUGAGCAAAUGGAUUAAGCACUCACCGAAUGCCUGCUGUAGACCUGGACACCAGGUCACUGGGAAGAUGCCUUUUGUCAGCCUGCUCCCUUUGGCUUGUCUGUGGCAUUAGAUGCUCCUCACUAGAGUCCUUUCUGGUUUCUAUAACAUGUUCUGCCCCCCAAAUCAAAUUAUCACUAUUAGAGAUUAGCAAACUUUCUGUAAAGGGCAAGAUAGUAGAUAUUUUAAACCAUAUGGCUCCUGCUACAACUACUAGACUCUGCCAUUGUCACCCAAMAGCAGCCACAAAAAUGAGCAUGUCUGCAACCCAAUAGAAAUGUAGCAAGCACAAACAGGAUUUGGCCCACAGGCAUAGUUUCCCAACUCCUGGUGGCAACCGAUGGAAAACACCUAUCUAUAAAUUUUUCUAAAUGCUGCUUUAAUUUAAAUAACACAAAUUCAUAUUAUAAGAGGAAACUUAAGUAGUGCCUUAACUUCACUAAAUAGAGGAAAAGCUUCUUUUUUAAGCUAUUAAAGGCUAGAUAUCAAACGAUUCACUUUAUGCAGUAUAAACAUCUAACAGUCUUUGUGCCAAAUAUAUCUUGUACAGUAUCUUAAAAUAUUGUAUACAGCUAAGUCAAAAUCAUUAUGUAAAAAUGGUUUCUUCUACACAUAGGAUAUAGUGUGAGCACUAAUUUUCUAAUUAUUAAAAAGUUGUCUAUCUGUGGAA